UUAACGUAUCACCAGCUGUUGAAGUUACGUUUGUUUGAAAUCAAACGGCAACUGAAGUUUGUUGGGUUGCUUGGAGCUUCGAAAUUUGACUGCCAUGCAUGGACGGUAAAUACACUUCGUUAGAACAAAAAAAGAGCAUGUGCAGUGUCUAAAAGAUAAUAAUAACAUACAAAAAAGAAAUAUUCGAUUUAUAUAUACGAUAUUAAGUAAAAAAACUAAAUCUGAAUAAUGGCCACAAUUCGUGUACAUGAAGAUCAAGAAAAUCGUAUCGUGGAUGUUCGUCGUGGCAAAGAAAAUAUUACUGUGCCCCUUCAAAAUCAAACGUUACAAGCACCAAAACGUGCAGUUCUAGGUGUACUUCACAAUAAUUGUAAACGUAAUUCCAAACCAGAAAUUUAUAAAGAUGAGAAAUUUCCAAGAACAAAAGCAGUUAUACCUACACAAUUUGAGCCUUUUAAAAUUUAUGAGGAGAAGAAAGAAGAAGUUAUAUUUAAAAUCUAUGAAGAUAAAUUAGAAGAAGAAGCUUCUGUUGUACUUAGAGACACUAAGGAUAAAAAAGAAAUAAAAGAUAUACAAGAUGUUAAGUUUGAAAGAGAGAAACCAAGGUUAGAGGUGAAUCCUAUCAAUUCCUCAAAUUUAUUAACAUUUUGUAAUGCUACUCAAGACAUAGAUCAAAAGAAAGAAAAUGAAAUAAUUUUCUCACAAGACAGUCUAAUGUCUUUAGAAAAAUCUGUUACUUAUUCCUCUUCCAAAAAAGAUCUUCAGAAACGAAGAGAGUCUAUCAAGGAAUUGAGAGCAAAUUUUUAUGAUGUGGAUGAAUAUAGAGCUGAUAUAUAUAACUAUUUACGUAUAGCAGAGACACAGCACAGACCAAAACCAGGGUAUAUGAAGAAACAACCUGAUAUAACAUAUUCAAUGAGAUCAAUACUGGUGGAUUGGCUUGUUGAAGUAGCUGAAGAAUAUCGGUUACAAACUGAAACACUUUAUUUAGCUGUUUCUUAUAUAGACCGUUUCUUAUCAUACAUGAGUGUUGUAAGAGCAAAAUUACAGCUGGUUGGCACAGCAGCUAUGUUUAUUGCUGCAAAAUAUGAAGAAAUUUAUCCACCAGAUGUAGGAGAAUUUGUGUAUAUUACGGAUGAUACCUAUACCAAGAAACAUGUACUACGUAUGGAACAUUUAAUUUUAAGGGUUUUAUCCUUUGAUCUGACUGUACCAACACCGCUUACUUUUCUUAUGGAAUAUUGUAUUAGUAAUAAUCUUUCAGAAAAAAUAAAAUUCUUAGCAAUGUAUCUGUGCGAAUUAUCGAUGCUUGAAGGAGAUCCAUAUCUACAGUUUUUACCUAGUCAUUUAGCUGCAUCUGCAAUCGCACUUGCACGAUAUACAUUAUUAGACGAGAUGUGGCCGCAUGAGAUAGAAUUAUCAACAGGUUAUAGUUUAAAGGAUCUGAAGGAAUGCGUUAUUUGUCUAAACACGACCUUCUGUAAUGCGUUAAAUAUUCAACAACAAGCUAUACAAGAGAAAUAUAAGAGCAGCAAAUAUGGACAUGUAGCAUUGUUGUUACCACGACGUAUUGAUAAUGUGACAUUAACUUCUGAAGAUGAAGAAGAAAAUGCCUAGUAUUUAGCAGGCAUU